AUGCUGACAACAGAUGACGCAAACCCGACGCUGGAUAUGAUCAAUCGUUUUUCGUCUGUUGCAGGAGAAGAGAGCGAACAUAGUGCUGAAUAUAUGCUGGCUUCUGUCGAGCUGAUGAUUGGAAAAAUAAGGUCGAGCUCACUAAAGGUGAUACGCCAACGACACCGUCCGUGUCAUGCCGCUUCACAAAAAAUUCAGAAUACGAUCUUGGACGUUCAGCUCAAACAGCUUAUGAAUAUGGCUCGUGAAAUUCAAGUGCGCGUUCGAGAUUUGCAGGAGUCUGCCGAGAUUUUUCAAGUAUUGGAUUCAUACAAGGGUAAAGAUCCUUACGACCUUGUUGCUCUUGCACAUGGUGACGUAGGCGUGAUUACGAAUGUCGGACCACAGUGGAAUGGUGAAGCAUAUUGA